GGGAGCCCGGCCGCCAGCGCUCUGGUCCGCCUCUGACUGCGGCGCGGCGGGGCGAUGUGUGAUUACCAUGGCGAGGAGUCUCUGUCCGGGGGCCUGGCUAAGGAAACCUUGUUAUCUCCAGGCUCGCUUCUCAUAUGUGCGGAUGAAAUAUCUUUUCUUUUCCUGGUUGGUGGUUUUUGUUGGAAGCUGGAUUAUAUAUGUGCAGUAUUCUACCUAUACAGAACUAUGCAGAGGAAAGGAUUGUAAGAAAAUAAUAUGUGACAAGUACAAGACUGGAGUUAUCGAUGGGCCCGCAUGUAAUAGCCUCUGUGUUACGGAAACGCUUUAUUUUGGAAAAUGUUUAUCUACCAAGCCCAACAAUCAGAUGUAUUUAGGGAUUUGGGAUAAUCUACCAGGUGUUGUGAAAUGUCAGAUGGAACAAGCUCUUCAUCUUGAUUUUGGAACUGAGUUGGAGCCAAGAAAAGAAAUAGUUCUAUUUGAUAAGCCAACUAGGGGAACUACUGUACAGAAAUUCAAAGAGAUGGUCUACAGUCUAUUUAAGGCAAAAUUGGGUGACCAAGGAAACCUUUCUGAACUGGUUAAUCUCAUCCUAACAGUGGCUGAUGGAGACAAAGAUGGCCAGGUUUCCUUAGGAGAAGCAAAGUCAGCAUGGGCACUUCUUCAGUUAAAUGAAUUUCUUCUCAUGGUGAUACUUCAAGAUAAAGAACAUACCCCCAAACUAAUGGGAUUCUGUGGUGACCUUUAUGUGAUGGAAAGUGUUGAAUAUACCUCUCUUUAUGGAGUAAGCCUUCCAUGGGUCAUUGAACUUUUUAUUCCAUCUGGGUUCAGAAGAAGUAUGGAUCAAUUAUUCACACCAUCAUGGCCCAGAAAGGCUAAAAUAGCCAUAGGACUUCUAGAAUUUGUGGAAGAUGUUUUCCAUGGCCCCUAUGGAAACUUCCUCAUGUGUGAUACUAGUGCCAAAAAUCUAGGAUAUAAUGAAAAGUAUGAUUUGAAAAUGGUGGAUAUGAGAAAAAUUGUGCCAGAGACAAACCUGAAAGAACUUAUUAAGGAUCGUCACUGUGAAUCUGAUCUGGACUGUGUCUAUGGCACGGAUUGUAGAACUAGCUGUGAUCAGAAUACAAUGAAAUGUACUUCAGAAGUAAUACAACCAAACUUGGCAAAAGCCUGUCAGUUACUCAAAGACUACCUAUUGCGUGGUGCUCCAAGUGAAAUUCGUGAAGAAUUAGAAAAACAACUUUAUUCUUGUAUCGCUCUCAAAGUCACAGCAAAUCAAAUGGAAAUGGAACAUUCUUUGAUACUAAAUAAUCUAAAAACAUUAUUGUGGAAGAAAAUUUCGUACACAAAUGACUCUUAGUUCAUUUGGACAUUGUUACCCUUGUAGGAAACACUAUCUCAAGAACAAUUUUGAGCAUUUUAAGAAUGGCUUCUGAUUCAGAGAUCCCUUUCCUGGGCCAGAGAGCCAUCAUCAAAAUAUGUGAUUACUACAGUAAUGGCAGGAGGUAUAGGAUCAACAUAAUCAAAAGAUUUCAUUCCUGACCUUUUAGAAGCCCUUUUACAUUUCCCCAGUACAUUCACUGUAUAACUAUUUUGACUAAUGACUUUUUAAAAAAUGCUGUGAAAAGCCUCAUUCCAUAAACAUCAACAGUGGGUGUUUUGUAGAUUUAUGUUAGCCAAAAUACCAUUGCUAAAACAUUGUUUGCAUUGAAGCUGUUUAAAAAAUUUAUACGUGAAUUUACUAAUGUCUUAGCAUGGUAAAGUUUGCACACUAACACAAAUUAAGAUUGCAAAGAUAUAUUAAAAUUAUUCCUUUAAAAAAAUGUUGGGUUAGUGGCAUGGUUUGUUGUAUUGUAGACUUUAAACACUCUUUAACCUCAAGACAUCAAAUGUGUAGCUGAAGUGGCUUUUAACUUCAGGAAGUAUACUACUUGACAACAUGCAGGUACUUCUAGUGGCCGAAACUGAAUUUCAUUAUCCUAAAGAUUUUUGAUGGGUCCAUCUUAUUAUCAACCAGCCCUUUAAAAAGGAUUUAUCUUGGGGUGGGGAUGUAGCUGUGUUUGAGUACUUUCCCAGCAUUGCAUGAGGCCCCAGCUCCAGAAAACAAAAAACUGAAAAGAAAUCUCAUUGUAAAUGUGUGGUGAAAACAGGACCAUUAUGAGCAAGAGAUGAUGACAGUUUUAAUAGUUUUUCUAUUUUCAAAUAGUAUUUCCUGUGGGCCAAAGGGCUAUUUCUUAAAGACGCAUGUAUAUUGAUCUACCCAAUGUUUUUUUCCCCAUGUAAACUUGAUAUGCAAGGCUUAAAUCUGAUCCUCUCUCUUGUAUUAUUUUCAUAUGUACAUUCAGAUCUGGCAUGUACCCUUGAACCAACCAAAAAUGAAGCACCUCAUUUUGGCGAAGAGCCCCAGUGUUUUCUGCUCAAAGGUUUAAGUCGGUUAAUGUGUCAAAUCUGUGACUUUAUUGGCAUUAUCAAAAUUUAAAACCAUGGAUUAGCACCAGUUUUGUUGGCUUUAAGAUUGUAUACUUAAAGUAUGUUUUCUUCCCACUAAUUAUCUGGUUAUAAUAAAUGGACAGAAGAAAUAUUUUUUA